UUUGAAACGGAAGAUGAACGUUGUUGUUGAAGACAACGUCGGGGCUAUGGAUUAAAAACGGUGCUGGAAUUGAAGGGGAUUGAAGGCCCUUUUGUUUUAGCCCAGCAUGGACAGCUUCUUCAAGGCAGCUGUAUGUGAUCUAGACAAACUGCUCGAUGACUUCGAGCUGAAUACAGAGGAACUUGAUUCCACGUCUGUUUUCCUGAAGCCCUCUGUGUACCCCUUCUCCUCCCUGGGCUCUCAGUGUUUGUCCUCAGAGGCGUCCACUGUUCCUCCAAGCCUCCCUGACCUCAACUCUCUUCACUAUGGUUCUGCCACUAGCUGCCCCGACCGCUCCGGCAGUCACAACCGCAGCACCGAUGACCGAGAGGUCAAAGGUCAGCCUCUCACCGGAGUGGACCUUCUCUCCUCUGUGGAUCGCGGACCAGCCAAAAGCUCUGCCCCCCCCUGCCCCGACCGAGCUCUGAAGCCGGUCUGUGACCUUGUGAAUGACACGAGCUCGGCCAUCCUGGUCAGGGCCAACAGCCAUGACGCUUUCAGCGAGCUGGAUGUGGUGGAGAAGCAAAUGCAGGAGGAGGAGGCGCUGCUUGUGGACUUUGACAGCCCCGUGGUCACGGAGCAGCAAGGGGGGGUUGGUCAAAGCCAAAGCGUUGGCUGUAGAGACACUAAGGAAGAGCAAGCGUCUGCAGGGAAAGACGAGCUGCUGAGUCUUGACUCCCAUGAGCAGGCCGCUGGAUAUUCUGCAUCACUCAGUCUGCUGGACGUCAUUCUCCCUGCAGCGGUGGAGAGGGGCUGUGAGUCUACAGAUGAUUCACCGUCACAGAGGACCACUGACUCAGCUGACGGAGAGCAGAGGGACUGUGAGGAAGUGGCCUGUACAAACCAAGUGGUGGAGAACUCUUUAGGCCUCUGUGAACCAGAGGACGCUGAGAGCAUUAAAGAAGCAACAAUAACAACAACAACAACAACCUCAGUGAAUAAAGAGGACGAGUCACAAGAAGCCUCAGAUAAAGGUGAGGCAGAGUCUCCUGCAGGUGAGCCAGUGGGCUUAUCGUGCCUGCCCAUAGCUGUGUCCAUGUGUGGAGCUCUGGUGAAACCAAAGACCACAGGAGAUGAGUCGAGACAAGCUUCAGAUCAGUGUGAUGAGGCAGACGUGUCCGAGAACACAGAGGCAGACUCCCUGUCGGCGCUGGAGGGCAGGGAGGAGAGAUCCUGUUUGAGGGAACCUGUGUCUAUGUCCCAGCAGGUCGCAGAGGACAGGCCGUCACCAGAGGGGCAGCACGUCUCUCUUGAACCUGCCUCUGCCGUCCCUUUUGUGGACCAGACCUCCAAUGAUCAAUCAGAACCCAGUCCAGUUGAUCCUCCUGAGUUUGGCUUCGAUUAUCUGCCUGAGAGCGACCAGGCUGAGCUGCUGGUUACUGACGAAGAGUUAGAUGCAUUCCUGCAGGCGCACACUGAAGCAGAGCAGGGCAGAGGCGUCUCUGACUGCAGCGUUUCUGGAGAUUGCACGCAACCUGAAAGUCUCUCUGAAUCAAAUGGGGAUCUAGAGGACAGGCUUGUGGAAGAGGAACUGAGAAGCUGUGGUCGGGGUAGACGGGAAGAGCUGGAGGGUCUGGCUUCUCCAGAAAGUGACAGAACAAUGACUGUGUGUGUGGAAGGAAGUUUUAACCCUGGUGCUCCAUCACAAUCACAGGACUCUUGCGGACCUUGCCAAGAGGAGCCACAGCUCUCCUCUGGUGUCAGCCAUUCUCUGACCAGCAGCACUUUCCAGUCCCAGCACAGCAGUAGCCCCGAUCAGCAGCCCUCCUAUGGAGGCGCAAGACCGAAACAGCUACACUGCCAAACUGCAAGAUCUCCGCCGGCAGGGGAAGAAGAAGAAGGAGGACGAGGGGAGCAGCCUCAGGCUCUCGGUGGUUUUUCAAAAGGGCCAAGUUCAGCAGAGGAUGGAGAGAGUUCACCCGUAAGCCCAAGUCUUACAGAGGAGCAUUCCAACAUCAGGGAUUCCAGCCCUAUAUACGCCACUCAGGAGCACCAGGAUUACAGUGUGGGGUACGACGAACUCUCAGAACCUCCACCUUACCCUGGGGAGUCACCCACAGAGGGAGCCAGGCCAGUGAACUGGAAGAGAGAGGGAGUGGAGGAGCUGGGGAGCAGGCAGCCCGCCUGGGUGCCGGACUCUGAAGCCCCCAACUGUAUGAACUGCUACCAGAGGUUCACUUUCACCAAGAGGCGGCAUCACUGUCGAGCCUGUGGGAAGGUUUACUGUGCCGUGUGCUGCAACAGGAAGUGUAAGCUGAAGUACCUGGAGAAGGAGGCUCGCGUGUGUGUCAUCUGCUUUGACAGCAUACACCGAGCCCAGGCCCUGGAGCGGAUGAUGAGUCCUACAGGUCCCAGCCCAAAUCCCAACGUCCCAUCUGAGUACUGCAGCACCAUCCCCCCUUUGCAGCAGGCUCGUGCUGCCGGCACUCUAAACUCACCUCCACCCACCGUCAUGGUGCCUGUGUCCGUUCUCAAACACCCAAACAACGACAGUUGUCCUCGCGAGCAGAAGCGCGUGUGGUUCGCCGAUGGCAUCCUGCCCAACGGAGAGGUGGCGGACACGACCAAGCUGUCGGUGACGAGCCGCAGGAGCUCCCAGGAGUUCAGCGCCGUCAGUCCAGAUCAAACCACACCUGGCCCAGCGGGGUCAGAGGUCGGAGUGGGUGGUUCCCCGACCCCCGAGGCCUCUGCAGAGGUGGUUCGACCUCCGGUGUCCGGACCCUGGGAUUACGCUCUGCUCUCUGGACUCGGCUCUUCAGUUAAGAGGGUUCCCACUCUGCUGCCAGACAACGAGGAUGAGCUCCCUCCUCUGCUCAUCACCACGGGCGAGGACGAUGCAGGAGAUGUGUUGGUGGAGGAAAGUCCCGCCCCCUGCCAGAUCCUGCACCUAUUAGAGGAAGGAGGACCCCGACCUCUGACAUUUGUUCUGAACGCAAACCUGCUAAUCAACGUCAAACUGGUGACAUACGCCGGUCGGCAGUGCUGGUGUUUUGGCUCUAACGGUCUGCAGGCUCUGGGACAGAGGGAGUUGGUGUUUUUGUUGGAGUGUUUGCCGGAAGAAAAAACUCUUCCAAAAGAUCUCUUCACUCUCUAUCUCACCAUUUACCAAGAUGCACAGAAAGGGAAGUUUUUGGAGGAGCUGGACAACGUGACGUUCACAAGCAGCUUCCUGGGCAGUAAGGAUCACGCCGGGAUGCUGUUCUUCACUCACACCUGUCAGCCUCUAGAUGGCCUCACUCUCCCCUCGCAGCCGUUCCUGUUCGGCCUGCUCAUCCAGAAGCUGGAGGUUCCCUGGGCCAAAGUCUUUCCCCUCAGGCUGCUUCUACGGCUUGGAGCUGAAUACAGUGUUUAUCCCACUACAUUGACGAGUGUCCGUUUUCGGGACUCUGUGUAUCGAGAGACGGGACACACCAUUAUGAAUUUACUGGCUGACCUGAGGAACUACCAGUACAGUCUGUCAGUCGUGGAGGGCCUGAGGAUCCACAUGGAGAUGGGCCACAGUUACAUCGACAUUCCCAAAAGUAGCUUCAACGACAUGCAGAAGGUGGUCAAUGCGUCGAACGAGCACGUCAUCAGUAUCGGAGCAAGUUUCAGCUCGGAGGCCGACUCUCACCUGGUGUGUCUGCAGAACGAGGAGGGAAACUAUCAGACCCAGGCCAACAGCAUGCCGGGGAAGACCCGCACAGUGACUGGGGCCAGUUUUGUGGUGUUCAACGGAGCGCUGAAAGCCUCCUCGGGCUUCAUCGCAAAGUCCAGCAUCGUUGAAGAUGGGCUGAUGAUUCAAAUCCCUCCAGAGACCAUGGAGUCUCUGCGCUCCGCCCUGAGGGAGCAGACAGACUUCCACAUCCCCUGCGGCAGGAACGACGGAGGGGACCUCCGAGAAAACGUCACCGUCCGCUGGGUUGACUGGAGUUCACCCGUCAACACGGGCAGAACGAGUGGUGUUGAUGGGAGACCUCUGGAUGGCGUCCGCAGUGUCAGGAUGCAGCAGGACACAGAGUUCGAGUCGGACGGUCGAACCAUCAGUUGCACUGAGGUGUUCUACCAGCUGAAGAGUCCUGACUGCAGCCUCGCCUCAGUGCUGUCGUCCUGCAGCGUGUUUCAGAAGGAGAUGGCGUUGGCCACCUGCAGCGCUCUGAGUCCUCACCUCGCCGUUCUCACGUCCAGCGGCAUCAACUCCAUCUCUCUCCGCAUCUCCACGCAGGCUGAUAUGGUGGAGUACCAGGCCGGCUCCGCGGGCAGACUCCUCCCUCAGCGCUACAUGAACGAGCUGGACAGCGCCCUGAUCCCCGUCAUCCACGGAGGCAGCGCGAGCGUCCCGCAGACGGCCAUGGACAUGGAGUUCAUCUUCUACAUCACACACACUAUCUAAUGCACAUGCAUCUAAAAAAAGAAAAUCCACUUCACCGACGGUGGUUGAGCACAGAGCGAGAAGCUGACGAAUGUGGCGGGACGUGCUAAUGCAGCAGCUAACGGUCAUGCACGGUCACAGAGGACACGUAGCCGCCGGCACAACAUUCCCUCUCUGAGGUCGGGGGUGUGAACUGAUAGGAUGAUGACGCGGUGUAUGUUUGUGCGUCUCGUGCUCACCAAAGUUGCUUUAAUAACAAGAAGCCAAACACUAAACAAGGAACACGACAACACGACCAAAUACAACCAGACUCUUCUUAGCGUUUUCCUCGGCUCUGCCUUCCAGGCUCCCCGCCGGCCGCCGCCGGCCCGGAGCACCUCAGUGAAUGUUUCCCACGGACACUCUAUGGAAAUGUCUCUCAUGUGGAUGUAUUUAUUAUAUUUUAAUACAGGCUUAUUGAUUGAAAGACGCGGGACAUUACUGACCGCCGUGUUCGGCACUCGAGAGGUGAUUGGUGUGAUCAGGUGCUACUGUUUAGCCACUUUACAUCUGUAGCUGACCCCUUCUAAAAGAAACCACAUCUGCUGUCCUCUCUGAUCUCACCUCACCUGCUGGUCUGUGAUGGUACUGCACCGGAAAACAUUGAGCCUCAUGCAAGAACCUUUUUCUGUUCUCACCUUAAACGUCUGAGUCCUUCUCCUGAGGUUCAUUCAAGCCAGAGAAAAGAGUAAGAACUUCACACUCAGAGUUUUAUGUUUCCUGCUGUCGGACAUCAGCAUGAUGAACGGAGCAGUGUCAGCAGCCGUGUCGGGGUUAGAGGAUUUAAAAAGAAAAGGUCUAUGUUUAAGUCGAGAGGAGGUCAGAGGGACGUGAGGCUCGUGGAGAUGAACGACAGACUGAUUAUACAGCAGGUGAUUUUAUCUGCUCAAUGCAACUGAACUGUAGAAGAGUCUGAGCUAAAAGGUGCCAAUAAAAAGAAAAGAAAAAUUGGCAGCUGAUGAUGAUGAUGGUGAUGUGGUCAAAAGAAUAGUUUAUUUUAGUUGGUAUCCGUAGGUUAUUUAAACUCUGACAUUUAUAAUUCUGAAGGAAAACUCUGCAUUUCCUCUGUAACGUGAACAUCGAACAUUGAAAUCACUCGUACGUGUCGCUUCAGAACAGAUCUGUUGGUAUGAGAGGUUCUUGCAUGAGGCCCAGUGUGUGUCAACAACGGGUCUCGGGUUCAGACAUAGUCCUGGUCCUGGACCUCAACCACCGGCUCCUCACCACGAGAGGCUCAGUGUGACCGACGCGUUGGUUCUCGGCCAUUCGGAGCUUCCACUUCAUCCACAAGUGAUUUUGUAAAAACUGAAUGUGACUGGUUUGUUUUAGUUUCGAAGGGUUGGAUGACGGAGUUAACGUCCUGCUCUGAACUUAAAUCAGUUUUAAAAACUAAAGCUUCGUUACCUUUUACGUUCCGACUUAUUGACUGAGCAGCCGUUGGUCGAUGAGCGGCGGCGCCCUCUGUCAGUGUUGACCAGUGUUCAAGCUCAAAUACCAAUGAUUUUCUUUACUUCAGGAGAUUUUACAUGUGUUCUUCAGUGUUUCAGUCUCUGUUAAAUGAUCGAAUUUUGCACAUUUUCUGGCUGUUAAAGCUUUUUGCAAAUCAUCUCACACUUUUUUUUUUAAUUCUAAAGACUUAAAAAUGAUAUAAAAUGCAGCUUUUUAAUGGAACAUU